AUGAUUUCCGAAUUGGCCAGUGCAGCCCGAGCCCAAAUGGAAAAGGGCGCUCGGCUGUCGACGCUACGCUAUCGGCUGCUGGACGCGGAGUGGCGCGCGCAGCACGACGUGCCUUGCUACCCGUGGCCCUGGCCCCUUCUGAUGGUUCGAGCACCGACGCCGUGGCACUGCAGUUUUCUGCUCGGACGCCAAUUUUGCCGGCACAACCUCUUCACCCCGCACACGGUGCUGCGGAAAUUGCAGGCGCUCUAUGAGCAGCGCUUCGAACAGGCCCUUUUCGUUGCGCAGGAGCAGGUGCGUCAGGAAGCGCCGCUGACGCCCCAGCAGCUGCAGGCGCGCGUCCAGCAACUCUGUGCCAACGCCAAACUGCUUCUGCUCAAAGAGUGGCUGCCGGCGUGCGCGGACGUUUUGAACGAUCAGCGUGACGAGUGGAGACACUUGGCUCCUUUGAGGCGCGGAGAGACGCUGCGCCACGUCAAGCGCUUUUUUGGCUGCGUCGCCGCUCUCAUGUCGCGCCAGUUGCGGUCGCUCACCUUGCGCUCUAAUGGCAAUGACUUCACGCCUCCCUUUGAUGACCUCGGCAUGCUGAAACCGUGCCUGCUGAUGCUUCAUCUGAGCACCGCCGAAGGCCUUGUGAAGACGCAACCGUCUCGAGAGCAAGUCGUCGAGGUCGCCCAGUCCUGUCUGCUUUCCGUUCUGGACACUGCGAGGCAACUUCCGCGUCUGGAGCAAAUCCUGCUCGGCGACGAGGACGCCGGUUUCCUGAGCGCAGUCGACGCACAAGACGAGGAGGCGGCCGCCCUUUUGCAGGCAGCUCUCAGGGCUGUGGAGGCGAACAUGGCGGGACCUGAGACGUACCUGAACAUCUACGCGCCCUACCUGAAUUUGCUGGACGGUGGGGCGGAGAGGGCGCUCGAAGAGUUCCGAGAGCAGGGCCCGACCUUGAAGGAAUGGGCAAGGUACAUUGAGCGCCUGCAGAGCCUCAAGGUCGAGGUCGCGGCUCUGCAAAGGACGGCGGCCCUCAACAUGGUCGUUCUUGAAUGCGGCGCUUUGAACGACCUUUUGUGGCAGCGGUUGGAAGAGUUGAGGAACAAAAUACUCGACCACCAUAUUGCAAAAAGCCGAGCGCACAACAGAAGGAUCUGCAAUGAGUUUGACGAAAUGUCUGACCGUGCGGCUGUCCUUCCGGAGGACACGGCAGGUCUAGUAACCCUGACGCAGUACCUGACGCACUGCCAAGACGUGCGCAUGCACGAGCUGCGAAAAAUGAUAAGGACCGCCGCGGCGAAUUUAUCCUUUCUGGUGAGCUACGCGAUUUUCCCAGCCGAGGACGUGCAGCUGAACGCGCGCGUUUUUCUGUGGCCGCGGGACAUGGAGGCUGUUUUUGCAAUCAGUUGGCAGCGCCUGGCCCACAAAAGAGAGGUGGUCGAGGCAACUCUGAGGGAGCGGAAAAGCACCUUCGAGGCCGGUCUCGUCCAGCACCAGCAAAGACUUUUCGAAUUGCAGCGCAAAGACCCGCCUAUACUGACAGUGGACGAGAUGCGGGACAGCGUCCAGGCAGUCAAUGCGCUCGUUCAAGCGCUCGAGAGAGACAAAGGCCUGGCCCAAGCAAUCAACGAGGAAGAGGCGUUGCUGAACUGGCUGCCGGCACCAUUCGCCGAACUCUACCAAAUGCUUGAAGUGGUGCAACCUUUCCAGCUCUUGUGGACGACGGUGCUCGAUUUUCACCAGAGCUACGACAAAUGGUACUACGGUGCUUUCAAGGAGCUUGACGCGAGCCAAGUGGAAGCGAAGGCGCGCAACAUGCACGCCAGUUUGGUCAGCGUCGCAGCCGCGCUGAGCAAGGCGCCGGGCUCGAAACGCAUUGCCGAGCUCACCCGCAGCAAACUGGACCAUUUCAUCAAUCUCCUGCCACUCUUGCACUGCGUUUGCACGCAAGGACUUUGCGCCCGCCACUGGGAGCAGAUGAGUGCAGCGGUUGGAGAGACCCUGGACCCUGCCGAGGUUACCACCUUGUCGCAGGUGGUGCAGUUUGGUCUGAUGGACCACGUUGCCCUCUUCCAAGAAGUGUCCGAGUGCGCGAGAAGAGAAAUGGCCCUGCACGAACGGCUGCUUGCAAUGAAAGACGAGUGGAGAGAAAUCGAGCUGCCUUGCGUGCCGUACAGAGACGCUGGGGUGGCCACCCUCGGUCCCUUGGACCACAUUCAGCUCAUGCUGGACGAUCACAUCUUGCGGGCCCAGACCAUGCACAGCUCGCCGUUCGUUCGUGCAUUUGAAGAGGAAAUGCAGGCGUGGGAGGACAAAUUGAUAUCCAUGCAGGACAUCAUUGAUGCGUGGCUCACAUGCCAAGCGCUGUGGCUUUAUCUGGAGCCCAUCUUCAGCUCUGACGAUAUCAUGAGACAAAUGCCAUUGGAAGGCGCUAAAUUUGCACAAGUGGAUCAGUCUUGGAGGCGAAUAAUGCAACAUACACAAAGUAAUUUGACAGUGCUGGUCGCCACGGACAUGCCUGACAUGCUUCCGAUUCUGCGCGAUUGCAACAAAGCCCUGGAGCAAAUUCAAAAGGGACUGAACGAAUAUUUGGAGAAGAAACGCAACUUCUUCCCCAGAUUUUACUUCUUGUCAAACGACGAAUUGCUAGAAGUGCUGUCAGAAACCAAAGACCCAUGCAAAGUGAAAUUGGAAAAAUGCUUCGACGGUGCUGUGGGAAUCGAGUUGGGCGCCGAAGGAGAAAUCGUUAACGUGGAAUCGGCGGAAGGCGAGAAAUUGGCUCUGAGCGGCCGGCUCGUCCCUUCGGAGGCGAAAGGAAACGUGGAGAAGUGGCUGGCACAGCUGGAGGACGUGCUGGUCCGCUCGCUUCGAGACACGUGCCGCGAGGCUGUGGCUGCGUACCAGCGUCAACCGCGAGCCCAGUGGGCCCUGCAGUGGCCAGGCCAAGCCGUGUCCGUGGCCGCCUCAAUCCACUGGACCACGGAGGCAGCAGCGGCUCUUAGGAACAACGAAUUAAAAGCAUUUCUUGAAAAGAGCCGGAGCCAGAUCGACGAUCUUUUAGGUCUGAUCAAUUUGGAGCAGCCAAUGAAAACCAGGCGCUGCCUCACAAAUCUCUUGACAAGCGACCUGCACAACGCCGAGAGCCUCGGAGCUUUUCCCGAAGGCGUCACCGUGCAGGAUUACGCAUGGGCCAGUCUUGUUCGCCAUUACUGGAGGGAAGAUUCGGUGGUGGUUUCGCUAGUGGGUUGCGACCUAGGAUACGGCUUUGAAUAUCUUGGCUGCCCUGAGCGAAUCGUCGCGUCCCCUGUUAUCGACAGCUGCCUCAGAGCAAUGGUGGUUGCCUUAAGAGGAGGAUUUGGGGUUUGUUUAGAGGCGUCACCUUCUUGCGGGAAAACUGAAAUUUGCCGAGAAGCGGCGCGGAUGGUCGCGAGGCCCUUUGUAGUUUUCGCCUGUAAUGAAACUAUCGCGCUUGAUCAAAUUUUAAAAUUUGGAACUGUAAAAGCAGGCGCUUGGCUUUGUUUGAAAAACGUGGAGAGACUGAGUGCGCCGCUCGUUUCUGGACUAACCAACGACUUCAGAAAGCUGAAAAUUGCCGCCGGAAAAAUUUCAGCGCCGAAUUUUUCGUGCGCUCUUUUGGAUGCCGCUAUGUUUGAAUUGGUUCUCGCUGAAGUCUUUGAAAUAAUCGAAAAAGUAGCUAUUUCAACGGACGUCCAUUUUGCAGAAAUAGUCAAAAUUGAAGCAGAAUCACGAGGGCUUCUCGCAUCGCGAAAUUUAAUCAACAAAAGUAUUCAAUUAAAGGAAUCAAUAGAAAAUUGGCCCGCAGUCAUUCUUAUGGGCGAAACACUAACAGGAAAGACGACUUGCCUGCAGGUUUCAGCCGCCGCUGUAGCAAGAGCGUGCGAGGGCCAGCGGAGCGUUGCGAUGAAAGCAAUUAAUCCGAAAGCCUUGACUCUAGGACGCCUCCUUGGUCAGUUUGGAUCAACGGGUGAAUGGCACGACGGAGUUUUGUCGACUACAUUCCGAGAGUUUGCAUUGUCGAGCAGCGAAACGGAGAAUAAGUGGAUCAUUCUGGAUGGGCCUCUGGAGAGUUUUUGGUCCGACAAUUUGAACUCGGCUCUGGACGAAACCAAAAAACUUUGCCUCACCUCCGGCGAAAUGAUCAGGAAUUCGCCGUACUUGAAACUGGUGGUGGAGUGUGACGAUUUGGCCUCUUGUUCGCCAUCCCUGAUAAGUAGGUGUGCGGUGGUGCACUUUGAAGCCCGCCAAGGAAGCUGGCACAAUUUGAAAGAGCCCUUUGUUAAGUCCGACUUAAGGCAGCGCCUGUGCAUGGACGAGCAGUUCGAAUUGAUUGCAGAGCUCAUCGACUGGCUGCUGCCACCACUCAUAACACUCACCCUGUCACUAGAGUCGAUGCUUUUACCCACAGAUCUCAUCCUGUUCAACUGCUUCAAGAAACUUUACAUGGGCAUGCUAGGCGAGGAAACGCAGUUUUCAUCUUUAUGGCUUCAAAAUGCGCUAAUCUUCUCUCUUAUUUGGGGUCUCGGUUCCUGCCUGACAAUGACUGGGAGAGAGACUUUCGACGUGUUUUUCCGGAGCCUUCUAAACGGCGAAAAUAAAAUUUACCCUCGACCGAAAAGUUUCAAACUGACUCCGCAGCAAUUAGUGCCGGAAAAGGGCCUCGUUUUCGACUGGGCCUUGGACAAGAAAAACAACGCAACUUGGCUUUCUUGGGUCGAAACGCUUCCGAAAACGCAAACAUCGCUCUCUCAGAAAAUUGUGGCCUGGCAAGGGGUGGCGGUGCAGAAGCACUUUUCGAUGUCCAACGUGUCCCGCGGCGAGCCUCUGCUGCUGGUCGGGACGCGCGGCUGCGGAAAGACGGGCGCCGCUCUCGACUUUCUGCAGAGUUUGCCGCCAGAAGAAUAUCUCGUGAACGCGACCUUUCUCUCUGGAGGCAGCUGCGCCCAGCAGUUGCAGAGGACCAUCGUCGGACGGCUGGACAGACGGCGCAAGGGCGUGUUUGGGCCGCCGAUGGGCCGCCGCUGCCUCCUGUACGUGGACGGUCUUGCUGCGGGACACACAGGACCGGCAGAGUUGCUGAGGCAGUGGUUGGGACACGGCCACUGGUACGACCAUGACAACUCCAAACUCGAACUCGUCGACAUUGUAGCUUUGCUUUCGACUUGUAAUGACGCAAAAUCGCUUCCAAGGAGGCUUCUCGGACAACUGCUUUUGAUCGGUUUGACGGACAUUCCCGAUUAUGCUUUGGAAAAAAUCUUUGCGACGAGUUUGGAAAAUCACUUUUCUAAAGGAUUCACAUCCAAUGUCACCCGAGCAGUGAAAAGCAUAGUUCAAGCCACGGUUGAAUUCAACAAGUGCGCUCAAAAAAGUCUUGUGGAAAAAAGCACUUUGUGGCACUUUUUAGGCUUGGCGGAGGCGCUUUCGCAGGCGCUACCAUCGCAAUUCAACGACGCCGAUAAACUUAGCAGGUUGUGGAUUCACGAAUUGUCGAGAACGUACAUGGAUUUGUUGCCGAGUGAAAAUCAGAGGCAGAUAAUGCUGGACAACAUCAAAGGACUGUGCUGCAAAUUCAUGGGAAAGCCGAUGGAUUCGAUUUUAAGGCGCUUAUUAAACGAAGGGGAAAAUGCAAUUUCGCUAGACCAUCUGGACAGGCUACAUUUUGGCAAUUUCAUGGAACCUGACGCCAACCCUAAGAUUUACGACGAGGAAACAGCGUUGAGAGAAAAAGUCAUAUUUUAUCUGCGUGAGCAAGUUUCAUGCCACGGAUCGAGACCGGUGCUCACAAAGUACCUCUUGCAACACACAACAAGGGUGUGCAGGGCGCUCCAAAGACCGACUUCGGGGCACGCUCUGCUCAUCGGAGAGCCCGGAAGUGGUCGCACCUUUGUAGCGAAAAUUGCAGCAGCAAUUGCUGGCUUAGCGGUUUUCAAUAUUUCACCGAGUGGAGAGUAUGGCUUGGACGAAUGGAAGUGUGAUUUGAAAAAAGUGCUGCGGAGAUGCGGCCCCGAAGACAAACCCACAGUGCUUUUGUUGCGCGAAAAUCUCCUGGAGCCUGAUUAUCGACUUGAAGAUUUGAGCCAAAUAGUGGCGGCGGCCGAAAUUCCCACGCUCUGGGAACCCGAGGAGAGGCUCGAGUUGUCCGAGGGCAUGAAUCACCUGGCAAAAGUCAAAGGACGCAAACUUGAAGGUACCAGUGCAGCCGUCCAGAAUUAUUUCAUAGAACGAGUUCGAGUGAAUUUGCACAUCGUUUUGGUGCUGGAGCCGAAAAAUCUGCUCGUGUCAAAAUUACAUAAGUUUCCUAUACUCACCGACGCCUUUCAGUCAGAUUAUUUUGGUCCGUGGCCUGCGGAGGCGUUGGAAGACAUCGCCACCGAGUUCACAUCGCAAAUAGAAGUGCAGGUGGUGUGUGUGGCUGCGUGCCGAGAAUUCCACCUGGCGUCGCCGCCAGGACCGCAGGCCGCCUUUCUGCGUUUGAUGCGUACCUUUGUGCGACUUCACGCGGCCUCCAGCGGCUCUAUUUCAACGCAGAAGGGCAGAUACUUGUCUGGCCUGCAGAAACUUGAUCAAGCUGCGACUCAAGUGAUCGAAAUGAGGAAGCAAUUGCAACUUUUGCGACCACAACUUGUGGAAACUUCUGAAGAAACGGACAGACUGAUGAUAAAAAUCGAGCAAGACACUGUUGAAGUGGAGGCGCGAAAGGAGAUUGUUGGUUCUGACGAAGCAAAAGCAAACGAGGCCGCGGCCGCCGCGCAGGCCAUCAAGGACGACUGCGAGAGCGACCUGGCCGAAGCGGUGCCCGCAUUGGAAGCCGCGCUCACCGCCCUGGACACCCUAAAACCUUCCGACAUCACUGUGGUCAAAGCGAUGAAAAACCCUCCACCUGGUGUGAAACUGGUGCUGGAGGCGAUCAGCGUCAUGAAGGGCGUCAAACCCGACCGGAAACCUCAUCCCUCCGGCUCAGGAAAGAUGAUCGAGGAUUUUUGGGCACCCUCGCUGCGUCUCAUCGGGGAGAUAAAAUUUCUGGACAGUUUGAAAAGCUACGAAAAGGACGACAUUCCGCCUCACAUCAUGGCCCGCAUCCGAGAAAAGUACAUUCACGACCGAGAGUUCAGACCAGAGGUUGUGCGGAAAUCGUCAGCAGCGUGUGAAGGUCUGUGCAAGUGGGUGCGCGCAAUCGAGGUGUACGACAGAGUCAUUAAAAUCGUGGCGCCGAAAAAAGCCAAACUGGCCGAGGCCGAAGCGGCUCUUGCCCAGCAAAUGGCCACCCUGAAUGAAAAACGCACCCAACUCCAGCAGGUGUCCGACAAGCUGCAGACUUUGAACGACGAUUUCGCAGCAAUGUCCAAGAAGAAGAAAGACCUCGAGGACAACAUUGACCUUUGCUCUCAAAAGUUGGAGCGCGCCGAGAAACUGAUCGGGGGGCUCGGGGGCGAGCGAACUCGAUGGAGCGAGUUGGCCGCUUCCCUCGAAGGCCGACUGGACAACGUCACCGGUGACGUUCUGCUCGCAGCAGCCACCGUCACUUACCUAGGCGGCCUCUCAAAAAAUCAAAGAGAAAGCAUUACUAAGAAAUGGAGUGCCCAGCUGGACGUGCUCGGCGUAGCCCACAGUGACCCUUUCAACUUGGCCACCUGCCUUGGUGACCCAGUGACCAUCAGGGAAUGGCACAUGCGGGGACUCUCCGAGGAGCCCUUUACAGUCGAAAGCGCAUUGGUGGCGACCAACUGCGACGCCCCUCCAAUUCUAAUCGAUCCUCAAGGCCAAGGAGCGAAUUGGGUCAGGUCGACGCAGCAAUCGGUGAUUUCGGCGAAUGCAACUCACCCUGAGUUCAACCUCGACCUUGAGAAGGCCCUUCAGGAAGGCUCGACCAUAAUUGUUCAUCUCCACGAGGCAAAACUCCCCGCCAUCUUGGACAGCGUCGUGCAGAGGACUUCGGCAGGUUCAGUGACCCUUUCCGAGGCUCAGGUCAGGGUUCACGAGGACUUCAGGUUGUACCUGGUGCUGUCGUUCAGGGCGCAAUUGACUCCUGACGACCUGGCCAAACUGACGCUUGUUGAUUUCGGCGUUCGCGUGGAGGGGCUGGAGGGGCGGCUGCUAGGUUUGGUGGUGGGGAUGGAGCGACCCCCGCUCGAGGCUGCGCGCCACGAGUUGGCCGUCGAGGGCGCCGCCAACAAGCAGCAGCUGCAACAAAUCGAGCAUAAAAUUCUGCACGUGCUCUCGGACACCGAGACUAACAUUCUCGAGGACGAAACUGGCCUUCAAGUUUUGACCGCCUCAAAGGCUUUAUCAGAGGAAAUCUCAAGCAAGCAAGUCGAGUCAGCAAAAAGAGAAAUUGAAAUUGAAACAGCUCGAAGUGAAUAUCUGCCGGUGGCAAAGCACGCGACCCAUCUCUACUUUUGUCUCGACUCUCUGGCCAAUUUGCACAUUUCGUACCAGUUCUCCCUCGACUGGUUCACUGUUAUUUAUCAAGAGGCGUUAAAAGAAAUACGACGUGAGGAGUCACAAGCGCUGCCCGCUCGCCUUGCAGCCCUCAAAGCAACUCUGACUCUUAAAAUAUUUGAAGAAGUUUCGCCAGGCCUCUUCGAGUGCGACAGACAAAUCCUCGCUCUUCUCCUGUGGGUCGCGCAACUUCAAGCAAAUGCCGAAUUGUUUCCAGAAGAUGCGUGGCGUGCAUUUUUAACGGGAGACAACUUGAACAAAGUUCCAGGGUUAGAAAAUAUUGAAAAUGAAAGAGAACUGGAAAAAGAAAAGUGGCAAAUUUUUGACUCGGAACUGGAAUUUAGUGAAAUACCCGAGCCUUAUUCAAACAUCAAAGGUCUUGAAAGAUUGGCCCUGAUCAAGUCCUACAAGCCCCACGUUCUCUUCACAGAAAUCAGGAAAAUUAUCAAAGAACAAAUGGGUGAGAGCUUCUUGCGACCACCAACAGCAGACCUAGCUGAGACUGUUGCUUCGGCUGGAAAUAAAAGAUGUGUGAUUGUCGCCCUUGCAAAUGACUGUGAUCCGGUCAGAGCUGUGCAGAGCGCGGCCAAAGGUCGCGAAUUUCGGCUUGUGGCUCUCGGCGAGGGUCAAGAGGAACUGGCCGAAGAGGCGCUUUUUGCAGCCGCUUCCGAUGGGCAUUGGCUCGUUUUGCACAACUGCCACCUCGCCUCUGAAAACUGGCGGAACAAGUUGCAGCGACUGACUGAAAAGGCGCUGGCUUCGAGUCAUGAUGAAUUCCGACUUGUCAUUACUUUUGAGAAUUCCGGUGUCACUCUUGACCUCUUACGCAAAGGAAUAAAGGUAGCUUCAGAGGCUGCCGGUGGUCUUCGGUCUCGCAUCCUUCACUGCUUCAACGAUCCAAAGAUUUUAUUGGAGCAAAAAUCUAAAGAAGAAAAAACGCUCUUGUUGGCACUGAGUUUGGCGCAUUCUGUUGCUCAGGCACGCGGAUUUGCUGAGGGGAACGCUUUUUGUGAGCAGGGCCUGGACUUGAGUUACGAAACUUUGAAAUCGAGCUUUGACGAGUGGGGCAUAAUUGGAUUUAACCAGGCCUUAAAAGAGUGCAUUUUGAGCGCUCGGGUGUCUGCGCCGGACGCAAGAACAGCACUGGCGGCCAUCGCUGACCAUUACAUAGCACCUGAAGUACUCGCUGACGAGGGAAUAAGUUUGGCGCGUCUGAAGACUACCGACCUGGACUCACUGGAGGUCGACCUUGCGCCGGAGACUCUCCACCUUUCAAAAAGCGUUCAACGGACUAAUGGAUGGCGUGAAACUCAAAGAGCAAUGUCAGCAUUACAAGAUUUAUUCAAAGAAUUUUCAUCGGUGAAAAAAUAUUCUGCAGAAGAAUCCAUGAUAUUAAAAAAAUUGUCCCCUCUGAUUGUGAAUAAAGAUUGCUCAGCCCAAACAAAAGAAAAACUAGUGCUCCUGCAGGAACUUUGCUCUUUUGAAAAGGAAGCGGCCAAAGCGCAGUUCACUCAGUCUCUGAAAGAGAAGCAUGUUUUUCUUAAAAGCUGGCUUGAAGGGAAAGUUUCUAAUUAUUGGCUUGGGAGGGUUUCGCGGCCAAAGACGCUCUUGAGAGCACUCGCUCCACCUGAAUCCAGAAAACUUGCUCUUUGUAUAGCGGGAGGCGCGGCACAGCCGCUAUUUGUGAAUGUCGAAAUGGAAGGUGCAAAAUUAAUGAACGGCGAACUUCAAGACGCAGAUCAGCUGCCCUGCUUUCAGUUACCGCCGCUUGCAUUGGCUCCAGAGGAAUACAAAAUCGAUGACUUUUAUCACUUUGAAUGCCCCUUGUUUGAAAGCCGAGACUGCAGGAGGCUGAUAGGAAUGGUAAUUUUACCCUCGAAAAAACACCCUUCUCGGUGGCAUUUGCGAGGUGUGACUUGCUAUUCUAGAUAAUUAAGCGCGGAACAAUGUGUAUAGCAUUUCAAAAAGUCAGAUGUUUAUUUUGCUCAUUUCCGUAACAUUAAAAUUUUAUUCUAGUCACUAUAUUGAAGAUACUGUGUUUUUAAAUUUUUAUACAAAUCAUCUUGAACGAUACUAGA